CGGCCAUGGGAGCCGAGCGGGAGGCGCAGGCCUGCGCUGCCUUCUACGAGGCGCUGGGCAUGGGCCCGGCCGUGCUCCCCUGCCUGCGCUGCCUGAGGCAGUUCGCUGGGAGUACUACCAAGAGAUGCAAGGACAAGCACCUGGAGGAGGCUCUCCUGCUGUCGCGGGCGCUGAGCAAGGCUCUGCAGGUGCUGAGUGAGGCAGAGGCAAGGCCCCUGCUCCGCUGCAUCCUGGCUUUCCAGAUGGAGGCCACCAGCAGCUCCAGCUCCUUCCAGAAACUGGAACAGAUCGUGACCCAGCUGGCGGUGGGGAAGGAAGCCAUGCUGGCCCAGGAGGUGGGCACGCUGCUGGCUGGCCUGGCACCACAGGGAGAGGUGCUGUCUCCUGAGAACCUUCAAUCAGUGUGCAUGUUCCUGGAGGAGAGCAGCCUGGGCCGGAAGCACUGGCAGCAGAACCUGGCCCUCCUGCUGCAGCGCCUGGCCACCACCUUGGGCUGGGUGCUGCAGAGCCAGCCUGCACCCAGCAGCACUUGGGGCUACUUGGUCAUCAAGGCCUGCCUCCAGCUCUUCCAGACACUGCCGAUGGACAUGGCCCCGCUGGUGUGGACUGCAGCAGGGAAGAGUGAAGCCCUGCAGAGCCUUUUGGGACUGCUGCUGGAGGUGGCGUGGGGGAAGGCCCUGAGCAAGGACACACGGCUGCUGGCGGGCACGGCCCUGAGCAUGCUGGUGAACACUGCCCCACAGCCUGAGCGUGGAGCCAGUGCCAUGCUGGCCCUCUUCCAGCUCCCUGACCAAGGCACAGGAGAACUGACGUUUGGGGAGCUGGUGGUGGACGUGCCCCUGGUCCUGGAGCCAGAUGGGCUGCAGAAGUUGGUGUUCACCAGGGGUUUGCUGACCUGCUGCAAGAUCGACAUCCUCAGCUGCCAGCUGGAGAGUUUCACCCACCAGGCCUGCCUGCUGCUCGACGUGGUCUUCCCUGCCGUGUGUGCCCUGAGCAAGGAGCAGAAGGACUGCCACUACUACUGCUUCCAAGCCUGUGUCCUGUGGCUGCAGCGCCUGCGGGAGAGCCUGCCUGCUGUCUGGCACCUGAGGGGCGCCCGUGUCCUGGCCCCACAUGCCAAGCUGCUCCAGCAGCUCACCCAGCUGGUGUGGGACAACGCUGAGACCCUGGUGGAAGGGGUGUCUGAGUUCAUCCACAGCUCCUUCCGAGUGCUCCUGGAGAUCUACCACCUCGAGUGCCAGCACUUCCAGGACCAGGAGAGAGCCCUCUACCAGCAGAUGCUGCACAGGGUGGUCUCAAUGCCGUGGCAAAUCAAGGCCAGAUAUGUGCCCCUGUGUGCCAUCAUCCCCUAUGUGGGCAGCCAGCAGGUGCUGGACACUUACCCAGACCUACCACAGCACCUCCUGAGCUGCCUCUCCACCAACCAUCUGUGCCCUGCAGCCACCGAGGUCUACAAGGCGCUGGUGCAGCAGCAGUGUGCCGAGUGGCAGGAGGGGCAGCAGGGCACAGGGGCAGCACUGGCAGAGCAGUGGGCACUGUGCUGGCUGCCCCUGCUCUCCCAGGCGCUCCGCUCCCCUCUGCCCAUCCUGCACAGCAAUGCUGCCAACCACCUCCUCACCUGGACCCUGCGGCAGAUCCCAGCCGCCCAGGCACUGCUGGCUGCCCAGUUCGGCAGCCGGGACACGGCGUCGCUCCGGGCUUGGGUCUCGCUGCUGAAGGUGCAGAAGAGCUUGGCGGGAGCCCUGCCCCUGCAGGGGGAGGCACUGGAACGGCUCUCCUGCUGCCUGGGUGCCCGAGAGGAGGGCGUCCGGCUGGCAGCGCUGAGCCUCCUCUGCUGCAGCCCCAGCACCAACCGGCCCCUGUCGGGCACCGAGGUGCAGCUGCUGCGGAGGUUCCUGCCCCUCAACCUCAGCUGCGACUCCUCCUCCUUCCGGCAGCUGCUGCAGGCAGCUGUGAGGAAGGCGCUGGUGCGGCUGCGGGACAGCUCCCUGGCCCUGCUGCGGGGGAGGGCACCCCGUGGCACGGAGCCGGCAGAGGGAGAGGAGCAGCUCACCCAGGCAGUAGGCUUUGUGGAGUGGCUGCUGCAGCUCAGCAUCACCUCGCUCGGCCCCGGCUCCAACUACCAGAGGAAGAAGACAGCUGUGCUUCUCCUGGCCGCUGUUCUGGAGACCUGCACAGACACCUGGAGCCCUGACAGGAAGAAAGGCCAGCCCCCACGGACCAUGGCCACACUGCUGAACUAUGCCAGGCAGAAGGGCUGCUGGGACUUCUUUUCCCAGCCCAAUUUGUUGGUGCUGCUGAGCUGCUUGCAGGACAGCACUAAUGAGAUCAGAGACCUGGCCUCAGACCUUCUUGUCCGCUACUUCCCUGCCACGUUCCCUGAACCCAUCGCCCUGGCUCUCUUCCAGCUGGCCCAGGAUGCCCUGGGCAGCCCCCGAGUGCAGGAGGCUGAAGCUGGAGCCAUGCUGAUGAAGACCAUCCUGCAGAAGGCAGACAGCAGCACCAUGAAGAGCCUGGCCCUGGAGGCUGCAGCAGCCCCAGCACUGCCCAGCCAAGGCCUGUGCUUUGCCCAGCACCUUCUCCACAUGCUGCAAGCUCAGUACUCUGUGGCACGCCAGGACCUGCUGCGGGCAGCAGCCACCGCACCAAUGCAUGGAGCCAUCACAGCUCUGCGGAGAUGCCUGCUCCAGGUGCCAAAGGUGGCCACCUCCAUGCGUGCAGCAGAGCUGGCAGAGAGCUGGCAGGAGCUCCUCACCGGCCUUGUGACCACAGUGAGAGAUAUCACCUCCUUCCUUCUGGGUGCUCUGCAGAGCCAGCAAGGCCCCGGCACUGCUGAGCAAGCUGCUGCCCCAUCGUUUGCAGACAUGGGGAAUGCCAUCGGCUCCCUCAUCAUGCUGGGCAAAGGCCGAGGGCAGGAGGAAGAGGAGGAGGAGGACUCAGUCCUGCUGUCAGAGGAGCACAGCCUGAUCCUGACUUGCUGCUGGGUGUCAGUGAAGGAAAUAGGGCUGCUCUUGGGGGGCCUGGCAGAGGUGCUGCUGGCCCAACCAGUGGCUGCUGGAUCAGGGCCCCUCCUGCCACUGCCCACCCUGCAGGUGGCCACGAAGGUGUUCCAGGAGAUCCUGCUGCGGUGCCGGCACUGGGGAGCAGUGGAGGGCUGCAGCGUGGGCUUCACCAAGUUCUGUGCUGCCUUGCUGAACCACCCAGAUGCAGAGCUGCGGGCCAUCCCACAGAGUGUGCUGGAGCAGGGCCUGGAAGCACUGAGUGGGCCCCGGAGCAGCUCCAUCACACGUCGUGCUGCUGGCUUCCCCAUGCUCUUCCUCUGCAUCGUCAGCGGGGAGGCUGCUGCACAGGCACGGCCGCUGCUCACCCGCUGCAUCCAGACCCUGCUAGCCUUGGCCACCACAGCCCUGCCACAGCACUGGGACCAGACCCUUGACCUGCCUCAGGUGUGUGCCCUCCACGUGCUGCAGACACUGGUGCGUGGCGCGGGGCUGGGCACUGCGCUGCUGCGGCACACCGUGCCCAUGGUGGCCCUGGCACUGCGGGGCCUGGGCUCGCCCUGCUGGGCCAUGAGGAACGCAGCCAUCCAGCUCUUCAGUGCCCUCACAGCCCGGCUGAUGGGCCCGCAGCGCAGCCGUGGGGAGGGCUGCCCAGCAGAGGGGGUGAGCCUGCAAGCCUUCCUCGGGCAGCAUCCCCAGCUGAGCACUGUGCUACUGGCAGAGCUGGAGGCUGCCACGGGGCCCACAGCAGGGGGGCAUCGCCUGCACCCUGCGCUCCACGCCGUCCUCACCCUCCUGGCCCAGCUGCAGCCUGGUACCGAUGACCCUGGCAGCCCCUCUGCUCACUUCCUGGAGCCACUGCUGGGGCUGGCAGGGAGCCCCUUCUAUGCUGUGCGAGCGAUGGCUGCCAAGGCGCUGGUGCCUGUUGUGCCCCCGCCCCAGCGCCUUGGGCUCCUCCUGCAGCUGGCCCAGCAGCUCCCCACUGCACCUGAAUGUGUCUGCUCACACAACACCCUCCAUGGGCACCUGCUGCAGAUGCAAGCACUGCUGGUCCCUGCUGUGGGCACUAAGAGGCUGUUGGCUGAGGCACUGCGCCCCCUGGCUCUGCAGCUGGAGGCCCGGGGCUGGCUGCUCACUCCUGCCCAGCGCUGCCCACUCAUCCGUGCCGCCUUCCUCCAGGUCCUUGCCCUCAUUCCCACAUCUCUCAGCCCUGGCUUCACCCAGAGCAUCCAUGAUGCCAUCAGUGCUGAGCUGGGCAGCCUCCCACCGGCGGCAAAGCCAGGAUGUGCCGAGCAGCAGGUGGGCUUGGCUGUCCUGCACCAAAGCAUGGCCCGCUUUGUGUGCAGCGAGGCAGCACGGCUGGCAGCCGGCGAGUGGAUCGGUGCCGCCUGCUCGCUUCUCCGGCAGCCCAACCCCGACGUUCGGCUUGCCAUCCUCAGUUGGGUGCUUGCCAGGGAAGGAGGAACACCUGAGGAGCUGGAGAAGGCUCUUGGGCUGACAUUGCUGGAGAGCUUGCAGUCGGUGCUGCGAGAGAGAAGGGACAAAGAGUUCCUGAGAUUGUACCUUGAGGCUUUGCUGCAUCUUUGCAGAGACCCUUUGGCGUGGUCCCAGGAAGCUUCCUGCAGGCUCCGGGGCUCCUCGGCAGCCUGCCUGGAGAUGCUGCUGCACAUGGUGGAGGCUGAGUGUCCUGGCCCUGACCUCCUCUUCCAGGCACUGUGUGCUGCCAGCCUGCUGCUUGCUCACUGGUUUGGGGAUGAGGACAGCCUGCUGGUGGAGCGAUGGUGCACAGCACUGGAGGAGUGCAGCCAGUCAGCUUCGUCCGAGCUGCUGCGGCUGGCAGCUGCCCGCUCCCUGCAGACAGCAGGUGCCAGCGUGGUGCAGCAAUCCCUGCGUGCUGCCUGUCCCUCGCUUGCCCCCCUGGCUCUGCGGCUGAUCAACGUGGGCAUUCACCUCCUGCAAGAUGAGGAGCGGGAGGUGCGGCACGAGGCCUCGGUUUUCGCCAGCCUCCUGCAGCAUCACCCCAGGGAGCUGCUCCAAGGCAGCUGCAUCUUUGUGCAGGACACCAUGGGGCUCCAAGUACUCCUGCAGCUCCUCCUGGAGGAGUUUGGGGAGCUCCCAGAAACCUUCGACUUGCUGCUGCGACACCUCCCUAUCCUGGACCUCAGGGGUAUCGUGGAGGGGCUGGAGGCAAGCAAAGCUGUCAGCCUGUACAAAGAGGAUGAACCCAACGUUUUUGCAGAGCCAGCCAUCCUGGCCUGGCAGCUGCUCCCUGUCAUGCUGCAGGUCCUGGAGAAGAUGCCUGCUGGUGGCCCACUCCAUGCCUCAGCUCUGCGGUGGCUGCUGGCCAUGGGUCCUAGCGUUCUGCGUGACCUGCAGUACUGCAAGCACUGCUGGAGCCAAGGGGCCACUGCCUCGUGGGGGAUGAAGGCGCUGGGCUGUGCCAAGCUGCACACGGCCGUGGCUGUGCUGCUGGUGAGGGCCCGGCUGGUGGUACAGUUGCUGCAGGUGCUGGGAGGUGUCACCACCGUGCCAGAGCUGGGCUGUAGCGCUCAGGAGCUGGAGCAGGAGCUCGUGUUGGUGCAGAAGCUGCUGCAGCAGCAUGGGCUGGCCCCUGGGCCAAGCCAGGGCAAUGCACUGGGGAAGUUGGCAUCACUGUCUGGGGCUGCUUGACAGCUCUAGGUGUGGACCAGUGUCAGACCACAGCCAGGAGACUCCUGGUUCACAUCCCUCUAUUUGCUGAACACUCUCUGGUCACCCACCAGGACUGUGGGUUUAGUGGUGUAACUCAGGGGAGUCCCACUCAUGCUGUGGGACACACUCACUUCAUUCCUAGUGUUUUCUGCUCCUCCAGCCCAAGGACACCAGUGCAGCAUCACGCUGGCCUGUGGCAUCCCUGCCCUUGGGUUUAGGUGG